AUGAAUACGAGCAGUCAGUUAGCCGCCGGGAGCGCGCUUGACUCAUCAUCCGUUCAACAACUGAGUACGACCAAAGAGGAUUUGAAAACUCAUUUCAUCACACGUGAAGGUGUUUAUAGACAAAUGACUCUUUCCGAAUAUUCACGGCCAAAUCGCGUCGCGUUAAACCAGGGUGGUAAUAAUGUUGGUAACGCACCUGUUCGGGUAUCCUUUCUAACCAUUCGUCCGACGGCAUCCACUUCACAACAACACGAAUCUAUUGAAAAUAUGAUGUUGAACGGUAGCAUACCAACAUUGCGCAAUUUGGUGUUAGAUACGGAUUUGGAACAUAAUUUGGAUGAAAGUGAUUCUCCUGCUUAUUCGGAAUCUGAUGUUAGUACCAGUAACGAUCGGAUAUGCUUCAAUGUUGGCCGUGAAUUAUAUGUUUUUGUUUAUCGAGGUGUUCAAAGUGCUGUCGAUUUGAAUAAGCCAAUUGAUAAGCGAGUAUAUAAAGGUACUUAUCCUACAUCGCAUGAUUUUAAUCAAGAAACCGCUACCACGACUUCAUGCAGCUUGAUUAUCGGUUUCUCUGCUGGACAAAUUCAGCUUAUUGAUCCAUUUCGGAACGAUUUACAAAUCAGUCGGCUAUAUAAUGAAGAUAGAUUAAUUGACAAAACCGCAGUAACUUGUUUGAAGUGGAUCCCCGGUCAACAGCAAUGUUUUCUGGCAUCGCAUUCCAGUGGUAAUGCAUAUUUGUAUAACGAGAAUUUACCCUGCAAUCCAUCACCUCCUGUUUAUCAGAUUUUCAAGCAGGGAGAUGGAUAUACAAUUUAUACUUGUAAAACCAAAACGUCAAGAAAUCCAGUUUAUCGUUGGGCAGUUGGAAGUGGUACGCUUCAUGAAUUUGCAUUCUCUCCCAGUGACGAUACCAAAUUGCUUGCUACAGUCAGUCAGGAUGGUUUUUUGAGAAUUUUCAAUUACCAUACAAUGGAAUUACUGGCUUAUAUGAAAUCCUAUUUUGGUGGAUUACUUUGUCUAGCAUGGAGUCCCGAUGCACGAUACAUUGUUACUGGCGGUGAAGAUGAUUUGAUAACUGUUUACUCGGUUGUUGAGAAGCGAGUCGUUUGUCGAGGUCAAGGACAUAGAAGUUGGAUUUCUAAAGUAGCUUUCGAUCCUUAUACAUCAUGUGGAUCAGAUACCGUCGGUCACUCAGGUAUUCCAGUUGAUCUUGGUUCCGAAGAAGAUUUGCAACCAUCAAAUUUAAAUAGCAAUGAUGUGCUAUUCAAAAGUUCAGCUCCACAGUCAGUAAAUCGUAUACUUAUCAAUAAUGUACAAUUUAAUGGACCAUCAUCUCUUGGUGAUCUGCAGUCAACUUCAACCUCUGUUCCAUUAUCUUCGUUAAAAAAUUCGAAUGGUGAUUCGGUGCCAAAUGUUCGAGGCGGAAUGCAGUCAAAUGUUCAAACACAACCACGGAAAGAUUCUCUUUCUUUGUUAUCUGCAACCGGUGGCGCUUAUACCAAUAUGGGUGUUACUUACAGAAUUGGUUCAGUGGGUCAUGAUACGCAGCUAUGUUUAUGGGAUUUAACGGAAAGUGUGUUGAGACAGACAGCACCCACCCAUCGUACAUCAACUGUUAUUUCAAUUGGAACUGACCAGAAUAUGGUAAUGUGUACAAACUUGGAAUCGGCAAAACCUGCGACUGUUGACAUUCGAGAACGACCACAUGGCAAAGAGAAAAAACACAAACGCGGUUUUAGUUUUGCUGCGAAAUUGACUGGUAGUUCACAUGAGAGGUGGAAUAGAAAUCAUUCAACUGCUGUAGCAAAUGAGAAAGAUAAAGAAAAUUCAGCGAAAUUCUUGGGAACACCGGUAUGUCCACGAAUGGAAGAAAUAGCUAUAAUUGAACCACUGAUUUGCAAGAAAAUCGCUCAUGAACGAUUAACGGGAUUAAUAUUUCGUGAAGAUUGCGUGGUAACUGCAUGUCAAGAAGGUUUCAUAUUAACUUGGGCUCGACCAGGCAAGGCAGUGAUGCAGCGACACUCAAUGAAUUCACCGAUCCCAGUAAAUCUCAGUGGAACUGUAGUUUGA